AUGUUUUCAUGCGUAGAAAGAACAAAGGUGUCAAACUCGUGCAAAUUAUGUGCGCUUAAUACGAAGCGACGAGCAUUAGAUCAGAUCGAGCGGCAACUCAAAAAUAGGACUAUGAAUGUAGCUGAAACAUCGAGUUUGACAUCAGAGAGCAUAACAUUAUGCAGUUUAAGUUCAUUUCCUUCUAAGGACAAUACGAGAAAUUCGAAGGAUGGCGAUUUUGGUGGGUUAGAUGAAAUUUGA